GUAAACGGAAGCGUCAUCCUCAGAUGACAACACGAAACCAAACACUGUCAUUUAUUUAUUUAUCUCGAUCAUUCAUGUUAGAAGGGCUUAUUUAAAACCAUGGCGCAAAAAAUCAACGAAGCUCACGAACACAUCGCUAAGGCUGAAAAAUAUUUAAAGACGAGCUUUAUGAAGUGGAAGCCUGAUUAUGACAGUGCUGCCUCAGAAUAUGCUAAAGCAGCUGUUGCUUUUAAAAAUGCCAAGCAGCUGGAACAGGCCAAAGAGGCUUAUUUGCAGGAGGCUGAAGCUCACACCAACAACAGAUCUCUUUUUCAUGCUGCCAAGGCCUUCGAGCAGGCAGGAAUGAUGCUGAAGGACAUGCAGAGAUUACCUGAGGCGGUGCAGUACAUAGAGAAGGCCAGCAUGAUGUACGUGGAGAACGGCACUCCAGACACCGCCGCCAUGGCCCUCGACAGAGCCGGAAAGUUGAUCGAACCUCUGGAUUUGGCGAAAGCUGUUCAUCUGUACCAGCAGGCAGCAGGAGUGUUUGAGAACGAGGAACGACUACGGCAAGCAGUGGAGCUCAUUGGCAAAGCAUCGAGACUUCUUGUUAGGCAGCAAAAGUUUGAUGAGGCUGCUGCAUCCCUUCAGAAAGAGAAGAACAUGUAUAAAGAAAUAGAAAACUAUCCCACGUGUUUUAAGAAAACAAUCGCACAAGUGCUGGUGCAUCUGCACAGAGGGGACUACGUGGCGGCAGAGAAGUGUGUGCGGGAGAGCUACAGCAUCCCAGGAUUCAGCGGGAGUGAAGACUGCGUGGCCAUGGAGCAGCUUCUGCAGGGUUACGAUGAGCAGGAUGAGGAGCAGGUGUCUCGCGUCUGCAGCUCACCGCUGCUCAAAUACAUGGACAACGAUUAUGCGAAGCUUGCCAUCAGCCUGAAAGUGCCUGGAGGAGGGAAGAAGAAACCCACUGCCGCCGCUGCCAGCGGAGAUUCAGGUGUGAGUGCCGCAGCCGCUGCGCCGGAGGAAGAGGAGGAUGAGUAUGCUGGAGGCCUCUGCUAGAGCUCUACCAAACAUAUUCCACAUCUGCUGCCUGAGACUCCUCCGUGAAGAUGCAAGCACGAUCCCUAAAUAUCAUAUUCCUGUACUGGAGGUGUUUGUGUUUUAAGAUGCUUUCAGAACUGUUGAGGAGAGAAAAAGUCAUCUGGAGAAAAAAAAAAAAUCUUCUUUACGACACUCAUGCAAGGCCUUACAUGUAAGCAGCACGUUUAUUCAACGACAUCCUCUAUCAAGUAUGCAUAUUUAUUUAGGUUUGCCUUCCUAAACCUGAACUCCCCAAACUCAUGAUGUUAAAAUGAAAAUGUGUAUUCUAAAGAGUUUUCAGGGAGAGCCAUAUGAAAGCUUGUUUCUGCCAUGAGAUAAAAUAAAUUAAGGCGAUUUUGUUUUUUUGUUUUUUUAAUCUUGCAGUUCAGACUAUAUAAUUUCAGAGUUGCAAUAUGCAAAUGCAAAAUAGCAAUAAACUUGCAUUUUUGAGAAGAACUUUGUGCCAUAGUUGCAUUUUUUUUUUUUUUUUUUUUUUUGUGGUGGGAAUAAAAGGACUUAGAUGUAAAAUUUAAAAUUCUGAAGAAAAAAACUCAGAAGUGAUGUAAACUCAAUUCCAUAAAAUAAAAUAAAAAAUAGAUAAUUAAAUCUGUGAGGGGAAAAAAAUAAAGAUUAAUUUUAGAUUAAAAAAUUUGCAAUUACCUUUUAUUUUUUUUAUUGCAUGGUGGAAACAAGCAUUCAUAAACCCAAAACUGAAUUGUUUUAAGUAACAGUAACAAUUGUUUAAGUAAGUUUUAAGGAGCUCAGUCUUUAUAUGUACAGUAUUUCAAACAUUUGGAGUAGUGCUGGAAUACUACACAAUUCAUCAUUUUAAAUUAUACACUAGCAUUUGAAUAUUCUUUAUGCUGGAAAUUAAAUAACAGUGCCUGCCUUACCAAAAAAGGGAAUGUAUUUACUGUACAUUGUGUUUGUAGUUUCAGUAUUGUUUAAACUUAUUCCAUUCAUUCUUGACUCAAAUUAGUCAGCAGAAAAUCAAGCAGGAUGCUGCAGACAAAUGCAUGAAAUGCCUUAAGAUUAUCUGAACAUGAGAAACUUGGUUUAUUUUAAGGUGUGCUUUGAAAUUGCAGGGAACAAUUUCUGUUAAUAAUGAAUUUGCAUGAUUUCAGAACACCACUGAAUAAAGAGAAUCUGUGAUUUUGCAUAUUUUA